UCACAUUAAUCCUCAUUGAUUUAGUUUCAUUAAAAUAUUUAAAAAGUAUCCGUGCAGAAGUGGGAAAUAUCUUAAAUCCGAGGUGUCUGGAAUGCAGCAUUUGCAGGUGUCUGAUGUUAGGAGUAAACUCAACGAGCUGUUCAAUAUCUUCAUCAUCAAUAUCUGGAUUUCUCUGCACAAUUACGAUGAAAAGCUUGCUGUUUUUCAUCCUCUUGUUACAUUUGAAUGGUGUGUUUGGUGAGUCCGUGUACAUGCAUGUGCUGGAGGGAAAUCCUGUCUUUCUCCACGCUGAUGUUACUGACAUAAAGAAAGUUUAUUUGAUAUGGUCGUACAGAAGUUCUAUAAUCGCUAAAUUGGAUGGAGGGACUCAGAAAAUCUCACUGUAUGAUGUUGAUGAAGGGAUAUUUGAAGACAGACUGCAGUUGAACAACCAAACUGGAUCUCUCACCAUCAAUGACAUCAGAACUAAUCACUCUGGACCCUAUCAACUAAAGAUCUUCAGCAACCAGACAUCAAUUAAAAUGUUCAAUCUUUCUGUACAACAUGUGUUCUUAGCUGAUCUAGAAAACAAGAGUAAAGGAGAUUCAGUGACUCUUAACACUGGAGUGACGGAAAUGAAGAAACACAAUCUAAUGGUGUGGAUGUUUGGUGCUUUAAAUCCAGACGUUCUUCUUGCAGAAAUCAAAAUAAACACUUAUAACAUCACGUAUGGUUUUGAUGAGAGAUACACAGACAGAGUUCAUCUGAAUCAUGACUCUGGAUCUCUGACCAUCAGAGAUCUCAAACCUACAGACACGGGAGUUUAUCAACUACAGAUCUCCAACAACAAUGAGACCAUAUACAAGAGAUUCAACGUGUUUGUUGCCGAUGUAGAACCAGGUCUGUCUUUGUGGAAUAAAUUGGCGAUUGGUGCAGGUGUAGGUGCUGUUCUGUUGUGUGUGGCUGGAGUUCCAACUGUGAUUAACUGUCUCAAAACGUGUAAAGGUAAAUAAUUUAGUGGACUGAAAAUAGUUAAAAAGAUCCAUUUUAUUUUAUAAAACCCAAAAUAUUUGUUUUGUUAAAAUUGUUCAAAUGAUUUUACAUACAUUUUCACAACCAUUUCACUGAAUUAAUAUUUUUAGUGUAUUUUUUUUUGGAGCACAGUAGGAGCGGCAUUAGGCACCUCAUAUUGUGAUAUCUGAAUACAUCUUUUUUUUAGCAUACAAAAAAAGUCAGUGUAUAGUAACCAUUUGUGUCAAAAAUUCUUAAUAAUUGCCUGUGUUUGUUCUCUGUUUUUGUAUGAGACGGAUUAAAACUAUCCUCUGGAGGAGAUGAGGAAGGUGGACUUAGUCUUUCAAACAGUGCUCCCCACCCGUCCCCCUGUUCACUUUCACCAGACGUUUGAUCACAAACUCUAUUUCCCAGUAUCCCUUGCACUUCCCGCCAUCUUAGAUUAUACCGCUCCUGCCAGUCAUUUGUUUGAACUAUUUUAGUUUCCCCUUAUGCUUUUCACCGUGUCGAGUAUUGUUGUGAACUUCUUGUUUGUACAAACCAUUUUAGGAUUACCUACCUGUUUUUGGAAUUACCUGUUUUUAGACACGAUUGGAUGAUGUGUGGACUUAAAUUUGUGUUUGAACAUUGACUGUGGAUUACUAACCUGUUAUUUGGCAUUACCUGUUUUUGAUGCCUGUUUGGCUUACAUGAUUUUUCUGUGGUAAACACUCUUCCCCAAAUUUCGUGGCGUGCUCGUCCAUUUUAAACCCUUCCAUUGUUACAAGAGUAUACUGGAAUAACAAUUGGGGAAACAAGUUUCCCUAAGCAAUGACAUUCUUACUUUGAUGUCAACAAUGAACGCCAAGACAGUGCAUGCACAUGCACAAACAAUACACACCUACAUAGA